GGGCACAUUGACCCAUGUACAGAGGAGAUAAAUGGCCACUUGUUCUCUGAGGUAGUGCCCUCCCUGACCAAGGCGCUCUCUUUGGGGUCUGGAGAUGGCUAGGGUCACACAGAGGAUAAUUCCUGGUGCUAUCUUUGUCAGCUACAGUUUUGUAUUCCCAGGGCUUUGGUUGCUACAGCUCAUAACUCGCCUUCUCACCUGUAAGGUGAAAUGUAACCAUUGCUCUUUGUCCCGGAGGAACAGACCACAAAGCAAUGCACUAAUUGCCAGCAGUAAGUUGGCGGAGCCUGUCUGCAGGAAGUCAAGGGUCUCCUGCUUCAUUGCUUUUUACUGUGAAGUUUGGUGUGUCCUCUGGCAUGCACGUGAAUGCCAUAUUGAUAACUUACAGCCAGCCUUUUCCACACCCACUCGCAUUCACUUCUGCUCUCUUUCCUUGUCUCAUCUAAUGGGCCAUCGUCAACCAGCUUGGGACCUUGGUCAGACUGGGAUGGAGCUUGGGUUUCUAUUUUGGGCAGGUCUGGCCCUCUCCCUUGCAUCUUGCUGUUGCUAGCCUAUGCACAGAAUGAGCUUCCUUGCCAAGAACUGACCUCCACCUCAGCUGAUCCCAGGAAACCUGAGAAGACACCUUCCUUGACUGCUAGAGAAAGUCAGAAUUUCUCCCACGUGGGACUUCUUGGAUAGGCAAAUGGGACAGAGAGACAUUCACUCUCACGCUGAGGAAGCUGGAGCAGCGUGGGGAUGGCAUGUUUACUUGGGCACAGGGAAGCCAUGCUAACAGGUGGAGAGUUCAUAAGGCAGAAGAGGACUCCCGAUGGACGAACAAGGUUAUAUCAUAUUUCCCACAAAUGUGAAAAUCGAUGAGAAAGUUCAUGGUACAGCUGCGGACGGGUAGGUACGCUGUGCUGGUGCACAGGCUGUGUUCAUCUCACUGCACGUGUGGAAGGCACCUGUCCGUAACACAAGGAAAAGAGAAGGUGUGAAUCAUCAGCCCCUGACUCCAGCAUCCAAACCAGCUGUAGCCACGAGCUUGGGAAGACGCUAACGUGGAACAAGAUGACAGAGUAAGCGGCACCUGGUGGCACACUCCUUUCAUCCCAGCACUUGGAAGGCAGAGGUACUGGCAUCUGACACAGCAGCCCUCUCCUCCCUUGUGGAGUGUGUACACCUAAGAUGAGACAAAUGACAGGCAGGCAAAUAAACACUACAGAGAAUUUGUGCUGCAGAAGAGGUUUAGAGACGAGGUGUUAAUGCACAUUUUCUGAACAACAAGAAGUUAGUUGACAAAAGAAAGUUAAACGACAUGGACAUGGUUUCAGAAGACUUUUAAGUCAGUCUAUCUAGUUGCCUUUCACUAGCUGUGUGAACUCAGGCUAACCCCAAAACUAUGUGAUGGAGAGUCGAUAUAAGGAAAUACUGCUGCUGGUGGGCCUGGAUAACAUCACUGAUGAGGAACUGCAGAGGUUUAAGUUCUUUCUUCCUGAUGAGUUUACGAUUGCCAAGGGCAAACUGGAGGCUGCAAACAGGCCAAUGCUAGCUAACUUGAUGAUUCAGAACCAGGGUGUGAAGUUUGCAGUGACAAAGACCAUUGCCCUUUUCAGGAAGUUGAAUUAUAUGCAUGUAGCAACCAGUCUGGAGGAAGAGAAACAGAAAGUUGAUAAUGCAUUCAUGAUAAAUGAGAGGGAAAAAGAUCCAAAGAUUGUAAAAAAGAAAAGUGAAGCAGAAAUGUGUUCCAUGGCUCCCGCCCCAAGCAGAAGUGAUGUCAGCAAGCUGGGUGCUACACCAGAAGCCUCUCCUCCGACUCAGCCCGAGAAGAAGGCCCUGGUGGUCCAGCAAGGAUCCCUCAGGGAAUGCCUGAAGAAAGAGUCUCUGACAGUCCUGGUGCUGAAAGCAAUGAAGCCCUUCAAGUUUCAGACCCAAGAAGGGGAGCAAGAGAUGUUCCAUGCCACAGUAGCUACGGAGACAGAUUUCUUCUUUGUGAAAGUUUUCAAUACACAGCUGAAAGAUAAAUUUGUUUCAAGGAGAAUAAUUGUCAUAUCCCAGUAUUAUCAGCACAGAGAUUAUCUAGAGGUGAAUAGCUCUUCUAUUGUGUCAGAUGCUAAUUCUGACCAAAAAGUCAGUGUUCCACAGAGUAUUAUCAGGAAAGCUGGUGAAACUCCGAAGAUAAGUAAGCUUCAGACUCAGCCCCCGGGGACGGUUGUGAAUGGGGUGUUUGUAAUCCAGAAGAAAACAGAAAGAAAGGAUAGUGUAUUAUUCGACCUAAAUGACAACACAGGAAGGAUGAAAGCAUUGGUGCUUGGAAAUCAAAGCAAAGUACCAUGUGCAAAAGGGGACAAGCUUAGACUUACAUUCUUUGAGGUGUCAAAAAGUGGAGAGAAACUGCAGCUGACAUCUGGAGUUCACAGCCUCAUUAAGGUUAUUAAAGCCAAAAAAUAAAAAUAAAAACCAAGAUGGAAAUGACCAAUUGAUGUCAACUCAACUAUGCAACAUUUUGUUGAAGAAUACCUUAUAAACCCUCUUCUAUCAGAUUGUGAGUUACCAGAAAGCAGCAGUUUUCAAGCCCAUUCCACCUCCCCUCACACACACUGAGUAAAUUAGUUGGAAGAGAACAAUUACUAGAAAAAGAACUUAUUUUAAGAUAUCCAUAUAUUUUUACAAUGAAGCAAAUUUCUCAUUCAUUAAUUCUUGGUUUCAUUAAGGGUAGAGAUAGAACUCAUAUAUCAACAGUGAUGUUGUAGUUUUUCAAUAAAUAUCUGUUGAAUUAAUAAAUUCUUAAUUCAAAAUGUUCAUUAUAUAUGCAUAGCUAUAUAAGACAUUAUGAUCAAAAUAUGUAACAAAACUCACAGGAGACCUAAUAUGGAAAAAUUGUGUGGUGGUUUAACAUGUCAUGUAUAGCCUCAACUGUUUGGGAUUAAGUCUCAUUCUCAAUCCCCAGCUGGCAAGAACUUUGGGAAAUAGAGCUUUCACAGAGGAGGUAUACCAUUGGAGUUCAAUAUGAGGUGUACUAGACCAGCCUUACUGAGUGCUCACUAGGCACCUCACCCUUGUUAAUGUGUACGAUGUCAUGCCCAGUCUCUAUUGUCAUGCUUUCCUCACCAUGAUGAAACUUUCCCUCAUGACUAUAUGCCAAAAUAAAUCUUUUCCUCCCAUCAA